AUGGAUACCUCGCUGGACCAGACUCUAGACAAGACAUCACUCGCGACGAUAGACCUGCUCGAAUCCCGCCUACACCGGAUAGAGCACCUGCUGUACGGCGCAUCCGCACCGCCCGCCCAGCCAAGCAACACCUCCGCCGCCGAUUCCCUAGCCGAGCUCGAGCACAGGUUCACCUCUCUCCUAUCGCGUUUGAAAGCCUACGCGGAGCUCCUCAAGAUCUACCAAAAGCACCCGUCCUUCUUCCAAACGCCCUCGCCCUCUGAACCCCCAUCCCAGCUAUCCCCAGAGGCCCUCCGUGCCACCGUGCUCGCGUGCGCAAGCUCUUACCCCUCCGCCGCCUCGGCUCUAACAGCCGUCAUCAACGACACACCCAUCCCUGACCCGGCGCUCAGCGCGUCCCUGGCGGCCCUCAUCCCGCGCAUGGCCGGCAUAGAGGCAACCCAGCUUGCCCAGGAGGCCGAGAUCGCAGAGCUACGGGCCCGCAGCGAGGAGCUUGUGCGUGGCUGGUAUCAGGGCCGGAUGCUGGGGUACUCCCAAUCCGUGGCUGACGUCGAGGGCCGUUUCGAAAAGGUCGAGCAGGCCGUAAGAAGGGCCGAGAAGGCGAGGGAGGCUGAAGCUGCGUGA